GGAACUCGUGGGAAAGCCAGGGCACUACCACUGAACUGCUUGAGUAACUACUAGACUGACUAGGCAUCUGUGAUUAAUCAAAUUAAUUUGAUGCCAUGGCUGCUCCUACCUUCAUGCACUGCCUGCUCGCCAUCUGUCUGCUCUCCUGUGCUGCCCACGCGCAGCUCUCGGCCGACUUCUACGCCGACUGCUGCCCCAGCUUGGAGUCCAUCGUGCGUACGGAGAUGAUCAAGGCCAUCAGCCGCGAGCGGCGCAUCGCAGCGAAGCUUCUCAGGGUCUUCUUCCACGACUGCUUCGUACAGGGGUGUGACGGGUCGGUUCUUCUGGACGCCCCAGGUGAGAAAACUGCCAUACCCAACAAUAACUCCUUGCUGGGCUACGAAGUCAUCGACACCAUCAAGGCUAGCGUGGAGGCAGCGUGCCCCGGCGUCGUCUCCUGCGCCGACAUCCUCGCGCUUACCGCCCGCGACGGAACGUUUCUGCUGGGCGGACCAAGCUGGAGCGUGCCGCUGGGCCGGCGCGACUCGAGGGGCGGGAACCAGUCUCUGGCGAACGACAACCUCCCAGCGCCGGACUCCAACCUCACCGUGCUAAUCGAGCUCUUCGGCAGGCAGGGGCUCUCGCCAGCCGAGAUGACGACGCUGUCCGGCGCGCACACCAUUGGCUUCAGCCAGUGCCUCAACUUCCGGGACCGGAUCUACAACGACGCCAACAUCAGCCCGUCCUUCGCCGCGCUGCGGCGGCAGACGUGCCCACGCGUGGGCGGCAACACCACCCUGGCGCCUAUCGACGUGCAGACCCCGGGGGCGUUCGACACCGACUACUACCAGAACCUGCUGACGAGACGCGGCCUGUUCCGCUCCGACCAGGCGCUCUUCAACGGCGGGUCGCAGGACGCGCUGGUGCGGCAGUACAGCUUCAACCCGGCCCUCUUCCGGAGGGACUUCGCGGCGGCCAUGAUAAAGAUGGGCAACAUAUGCCCGCUCACCGGCGAUGACGGUGAGAUCAGGGCUAAUUGCCACGUCGCCAACAGCUAGUAAUUAGCUGAUCGAGAUGAUAUGAGCCGUACGAUCGACGACUGCUAAGUAGAUAUUUAUGUCAACUCUCGCAUAUAACAGCGACAGUGAGUAGAAUAAGUGGUGCCAUCACAAGAAGUGACGCACAGUAUAUAUACAUCGCCGUGGUAUGGAAGUAUAUGGGACAUCAGGUGGGCCUACUAUAUCCUCCGUAUUGUGUUUCAAAUUACGUACUCUGCCGUUGGUUUGUCUGAAUAUCUCUCGUGUACAAUGAUGUUUGUAUACGACGUUAUAUCUGUCAAUAAUGUAAAUUUGUGUAGUACAUUAUAAUUAUAUGUAUAUGAAAGAAAAUGUUUUGUAAA